AUGCUCCUAUCGUUGCUCUUUGCACCCGUCGCGUCCGCCUUGACACUCCCUCCUAUCCUCAGCCAAGGUACAGGAUGUGGCAGUCCUCUACCGUCUGGUCAGACCCCUGGAAGCGUCACCAACGUGACCAUCGAAUCCGGAGGAUUGACGCGGUCGUAUCUCGUCUUCGUACCUCCCACUUAUGAUCCCCUAUUACCCACCCCGUUGAUCUUGUCGUACCAUGGCGGACUACAAACAGCGAUGGACCAAUUGGAAUUGGACGAAUUCACCAAACCCUACUUUAACAAUGACUCUUUUGUCAUUUACCCUCAGGGGAUCGACGAAAGAUGGCAAGGUGUUCCUGGAGACCACGUCAAUGAUCUAGGCUUCACGACUGAUAUUCUCAACUCUGUUCAAUCAAGUUACUGCCUCGACCUCACAAAGAUAGGAGCCAGCGGGAAAUCAGACGGAGCAGGAUUCGUCAACCUCCUCGCAUGCGAUGCCACGCUCUCAUCUCGUAUCGCCGCAUUCGCACCUGUCUCUGGUGCCUACUAUAUCGACAAGCUUCCCUGUUACCCCGAUACCAUUACCAUCCCAUGUAAUGCUUCUCGGAGUGAUGUGCCCAUCCUCGCUUUCCAUGGAGGAGCCGAUAACAUCAUAGCGUAUGACGGUGGCGAGCGAAAGGACGAAUGUCUGCCUUCUAUCCCUCAUUGGAUCAGGGAAUGGGCAGCGAGAGAUGGUCUCAGCGAGACAAACACCACCGUUCCCUUUGCAGAAGACGCCGUGAUCUACAAGUAUGGAAGUACAACGAAUUGUACGAGCGGAGGACUCGUCAACUUGGUCUAUGAUUCAGUCAACGGACACGAUUGGCCAAGCACACAGCCAAAUAUCGACAACACCCACUUGCCACCAUAUCACCCAGUGAGCUUCAAUGCCACGCCAAUGAUCCUCGAUUUCUUCAGCCAAAACCCGCUGCCCCUGUGGUAUCUACUGUGAACAAUCGGUGUAAUUCAGACAAAAAAUAUGCAUGAUGUGAUUUAAUUGAGGUUGAUCUCAGCCUUGUCUCCAAAUCAGUACUUCGCAGGUCUAGAAACGAUCGCGCUGAUGGCAUCCUUGGCCUGAAGAACUGA